UUGACAGAUAUAUUUAUAUUUGUAAACAAAAACACGUUUCAAUUUUAUGAUCGCAAUAUUUUUGCCUAUUGUAAAUUAAACAUUAAUUAGAAAUUUGUAACUAUAAGUAACAUGGUAGUAGCAAUAGGUUUCGAAGGCAGUGCUAAUAAACUUGGUGUGGGAAUUGUAAGAGAUGGAGAAAUACUUGCAAAUUGUCGGCGUACAUACAUAACACCGCCAGGAGAAGGGUUUUUACCAAGAGAAACAGCCGAACACCACAGAAACAAUAUUCAUGAAGUUCUUAAAGAAGCUCUAGACCAAUCUGGUUUAAAACCAGCAGAUAUUGAUGUAGUGUGCUACACAAAGGGGCCAGGGAUGGGCGCUCCAUUGAAUGCCUGCGCGAUUGUUGCCAGAACCUGUGCAAAAGUAUGGAAUAAACCUAUCCUUGGUGUUAAUCAUUGUAUUGGCCAUAUAGAAAUGGGUCGACUAAUUACGAAAGCAAACAACCCCACAGUUCUUUAUGUUAGUGGCGGCAACACACAAAUUAUUGCUUACUCCAGGCAAAGAUACAGGAUAUUUGGGGAGACAAUAGAUAUUGCAGUUGGAAAUUGUUUAGAUAGAUUUGCCAGAGUAUUAAAAUUAUCUAACGCUCCAAGUCCUGGAUACAACAUUGAACAAAUGGCUAAGAAAGGAAAAAAAUAUUUACAUUUACCAUAUUGUGUAAAAGGUAUGGAUGUCAGUUUCUCAGGCAUUUUAUCAUAUAUGGAGGACAAAAUAGAUGAUUUAUUAAAAGAAUAUACACCAGAAGAUUUGUGUUAUUCCUUACAAGAAACUGUAUUUGCCAUGUUGGUCGAAAUCACUGAGAGAGCCAUGGCACACUGUGAAUCUGAUGAGGUUUUAAUCGUAGGCGGCGUAGGUUGCAACGAAAGAUUACAAGACAUGAUGGGAGUCAUGUGUUCAGAGCGAGGUGCCAAAAUAUUUGCAACGGAUGAACGGUUUUGCAUAGACAACGGUGUUAUGAUAGCUCACGCGGGAGCGUUGGCCCAUGCGUCGGGAAGUAGAAUGGAUUUCAACGAAUCUACAGUUACGCAGAGAUAUAGAACUGAUGACGUUUUUGUAACUUGGAGGAGCGAUUAAAUGAUUUUUUGAAA